AGCGUCACUCUUAAAAAUCCAGCACACUGUUUCUUUAAAUGCAAAUAACCUCAGCUGCUCUGCUAUUGGAUAAAAACCGCAUCUCCCGCCUAUGCGAACAUUUGAUUGGUUGAUUUUUCUAAGCAUUCACAACUACAUAUAUCCGCUAUCAACAUCGCUCGCUGUCAGUCCAUACUUCUCUUGUAGUCGUUUAUUAUUUGAUAGUGGAGGAGAAAUGUCACUCCGCACCGCUGUUUAUCGACUCAGUAUUCCGUUUAGGAGUGUUUUACAGUCCUGUACUAAACAUACAAAAAGACAUUAUACCGCUGCGAGCCAAGCGCUGUCUGUUCUGGAAAACGAGCUGGACAGUAUCCGUGCUGCGGGCACAUGGAAGGGGGAGAGAGUGAUCACGUCCAAACAGGGUCCUCAUAUCAACUUGGAGGGCAGCAAAGGCGAUAUAUUGAAUUUUUGUGCCAAUAACUACUUGGGUUUAUCCAGUCAUCCGGAGGUGGUACAAGCGGGUAUAGAUGCCCUGAAGAAGUAUGGAGCGGGCCUCAGUUCAGUUCGUUUCAUCUGUGGCACCCAGAGCCUACAUAAGAACUUGGAGGAGAAACUCGCCCAGUUCCAUGAAAGAGAAGACUGUAUUCUGUACGCUAGCUGCUUUGAUGCCAAUGCUGGUCUGUUUGAGGUCCUGUUGGGUCCUGACGAUGCCGUGUUGUCUGAUGAACUAAACCAUGCCUCCAUUAUCGAUGGCAUUCGAUUGUGUCGUGCCAAGAGGUUCCGCUACAAGCACAUGGACCUGAAUGACCUGGAGGAAAGGCUGAAAGAAUCUCAGUCGUCUCGUCUGAGAUUGGUGGUCACCGAUGGGGUGUUCUCCAUGGACGGUGAUGUGGCUCCUCUACAGGGAAUCUGUGAUUUAGCUGAGCAAUACGGAGCAUUGGUCUUCAUCGAUGAGUGUCAUGCCACAGGCUUCAUGGGUCCCCGUGGCCGAGGAACUGAUGAGCUGCUGGGGGUAAUGAACCGAGUGCACAUUGUGAAUUCCACUCUGGGAAAAGCACUAGGAGGAGCUGCUGGUGGUUACACAGUUGGACCUAAGGCUUUAAUUGACCUACUGAGGCAGCGGUCUCGUCCGUACCUCUUCUCUAACUCCCUCCCCCCUCCUGUGGUGGGCUGUGCUACUCGUGCUGUGGAACUGUUACUGGCAUCCAAUGAAAUUGCUCAGAGUAUGGCAGCCAAAACCAUGAGGUUCAGAAACAACAUGACCCAGGCAGGGUUUACCAUCUCUGGCACAGCUCAUCCAAUCUGUCCUGUGAUGCUGGGAGACGCUCGUCUGGCUUCUCUUAUGGCUGAUGACAUGCUAAAACUGGGAGUGUAUGUAAUUGGAUUCUCUUACCCAGUUGUUCCCAAAGGAAAAGCCCGCAUUCGAGUCCAGAUCUCUGCAGCUCACACUGAUGAUGACAUUGAUCGUACCGUAGAUGCCUUCAUACAGACCGGCAGAAAGCAUGGUGUCAUUUCCUAAUGUCAGAGAGAGAACAGGGUGAACUGUGAGCAAAUGACAAAGGAGCAGUUUAUGGAAUGAGCUGUUAGAGUGAGGUUUAAGUUACAUAUCUUAGCAAAAAAUUAAUAAAUAAAAAAAUGCUUAUAUUGCUACUGAGAAAAAUGAAAGUCAGAGGGUAUUUGUACAUUUUAAGCAUUAACAAUAUAAAUGCUUUUGUUAUGAUUCAUAGUCGCUUGUCUGGUUUUUUUUAUAGCCGGUGUCUUUUAAAGCAGCUAUACACCAAAGCAUCUAGACUUUAUUUCAGUUGAGACGUGCAUUUUGCAUUAUGUGCAAGUGUGUGCUUUGUAUAGAUCAUGCAAACUGUUCAUAAUUAAAAUUAAAAAGAUAAUGUCA